CACAAGUCUGCCAACAGAUGGCACUGCAGAGGGAUAACACUAAAAGGGGUCAAGGUCACUUUAGCAGCCUGCCAAAGAAAUGUUAUGGCUAUAUUGCUAAGGCAGAGAUGUGCUAGAAGUGUGCCUCAUUUAUGCACAAUGAGUUUAACUUACAGAUCCAUUGCUGUUAUUUGUAUGUUUUGGAUGUAGGUCAGGAAAGCAUGUAGAUGACCACAUGUAUGACACACCCCUGCUGUCCAGUAUCCAGCUGAAGAAUGACCACAAAGGGCUAGUGGCUUCUGUAGUACUGCCUGGACUAGACUUUGGAUCAAUCAAUAAAAGAACAAAGUUUAUGUCCCUAUUUUCUAUGAGUAACAACUUUGAACUAGCAAGAAUGCAGUCGAUGCAGGCAGCCAACUUUAUAGAGAUAGGAAAAAUGCUGAAAGAGAAUAAUCUUCUACAGUUCUUAAUUGCUGGCCAGUAUUACUUCUCUCCUGGAUUCUUUAUACCAUUUCCUAGAAACAUAGAGCAGCCCGUUUUAUAUCAGCACAGAGUGCACCACUUGGGGAAAUCUUCCUACAGUUUAUCAGGUCUGUGCAAGCUGCCAAAUAGUGAUGAAAGCAUUGCAGAGAUUGUCUGUUCAGUUGUGACUGUAGAUAAAUAUACUCGCAAAAGCAGCCCUCUCCCGGAUUGGUUCAGGACUCGUUUCCAUGACAACACUAAAGUUCCCCACCCAACUACCCUGAACCCAUUGAAAAGUAUUCCAGCUGAGGCAUUUUGUCAUGAUUUAACUGUAAGACCUAGUGAUACUGAUGAAAAUGGACAUACAAAUCAGGCUGUUUAUAUCAAAUACUGCAGCAAUACUAAAUACUUGGCUGCCACGUCCAACCUUCUGCCACCAAACUAUAUUGACAAUGAUCACAAGGUGAAGGUCAUUGACACCCUGUAUACCAGAGAGAGUUCAACUGGAGACAAGCUCAAGUGUUAUGUGUGGCAGGGAAAACCCAUGGUGCUGCACUUUCAGGUCCACAAAGAUUCCGAGCCAAUAUUCCACGCUAAUAUGGAGUUUGAUGGAACUGUGACAUCUAAUCUGUGAACUUAAGCAAGUCUACUAAAAUUAUGUAUCAGUUAUUAUAGUGAAACACAAUGCAGCCAUGUUGCAACCAAAGCACAAGACUUCAGGGUCAGUCAUGAUUCAUAAGAAGUCUAUGCAAAUACAUGAAUUCUGUGAACCUGUGACGUCAAGUUUUUAAACUAUUUGUUAUAUUUUAGAACUCAUUUUUAUCACUGAAUAGUAAACAACAAAUGUAUAUAUUUCUUUAAAAGUCAAGUUGUCAAAGUAAUGAUGACAAUGAAUUCAAAGAAUCUGUGAAGUGAAGUCUGCACUCUAAAUAUGAUAACACUAAAUAUAGACCUGCUUUUUAUUAACAGAAGUGCAAAAGGCCCCUGUUUAGGAAGGGCUAUCACUACCCUCAUUACAAUUAAAUAGUGCAUAGGAUGUAAUGUUUCUAUUACAACUAAUUUCUACAAGCUUCAAGUGUGGUUUGGUUUGGCCCAUCCAAACAGAUCUGACAACCUGACACACAGGUGUGCCUGUCAAUGUUGAAGUCAGUGAGUGUUAAACAUAGCAUUAAAUGCUGCUAUAACCCUGCUCAUUUACAUGUACUACAUGGAGAUAACUGAUGUAAUUUACUUGCAUAAAUAAAUUAGUAACAGUGCUGAGAGGCUGCCUUUUUGUCUUUAGUUUUUGAAGUGAGCUGCCAUUAGAUCAUGUAUUCCUUACUCCCUAAUAUGGCAAGAAAAAGAGACAAGAAACAUAUCCAGAUUCACAUCACAGUCUAUUUCUUUU